AUGGACCACCCACGCCGGUACAACGUAGAGCGAUCCUGUGUACGCUGCCACGAGCACAAGAUCAAAUGCGACAAGGGCUCACCAUGCAGCAAAUGCAAGCGCCAGAAUGUAACCUGCCAGUAUCCAGGACCAAGCCGAGUGAAGCGCCAAGCCCCGAAGAAAAGCACAACCGAUGUUGCAGUACGGUUAGAACAGCUUGAACAGUUCAUCGCAUCCAUGAUCGACGAACGACCGACUACCAACAGUCAAAGCCCAGGCCCGAGUACAAUCCCACCGACGCCGAAUAGCCGAUCCGACUGCAGACCCUCAUCGAGCAACCCCGCUGCGGCAGAAUGCCCCGCCCACCAGGGGUUCCUAGGCAAAGACGGCCGAUAUAUCAACGAGCCGUUUCUCUCGCGGGUGCUGGAAAAAGAGCAGGAGCUGAAAUCUGCAAUUGAAUCACCCGUCGCUGUAACUAGUCCGCAUAGACUGCCGAUGUUGAGGGCAGAUGGCAUCUUUACGAACCCGCUCUCGGCGCAGAUUAACACCCAAGAGCUAUUUCCCAGUCGUUGGGAGGCGGUUCUGCUCUGGCAGACAUUUAUCGCCCGUGUAGAGCCCUUGGUGAAGGUUCUUCAUGUUCCGACGGCACAAUCGCGUAUCUUUGCGGCGAUUAACCAGCCUGAGAGUGUGCGUGCUGAUGUACGUGCUUUGCUUUUUGCUAUUUGUUUUGCCGCUACGACAAGCUUGCUUUCAGAUGAUGCUCGUAAUGAGGUCUUGCAUGCGAAUCUGCGGCGGUACCAACAUGGGAUGGAAUUAUCUUUGUAUCACGCUGAGUUUUUGGAUUCUCCAACCCUUACCUCGUUGCAAGCGAUGGUGAUAUAUCAGGCAUGCUUUAGAUUUAGUAAUAGUGGCCGGUCUGGCUGGAUAUUACACGGAGUAACUAUCCGAGCCGCACAAUCAAUCGGUCUCCAUCGGGAUGGGAAACAUUUCAAACUCCCACAGUUGGAAUGCGAGCUACGCCGACGAACAUGGGGACAUAUCAAAUCAGCCGACAGCCGAGUGGCAGAGGACCACGGGCUCACCGUCCCAGAAAGCAACUACGGCGACACCGAACUUCCUUUGAACGUCGACGACCAGAGUUUAUCAGAGACGAACAUCGUCCCAGCCGUAUCAGAGAACCGAUGGACCGAGUUGACAUUCUCUCUAAUCGUCCUAGAAAUCAACAGCAGACGGCCGGCGUUGGUCCGAAGCAUAGUAGGAGCAUCUGAUCCCGAGCUACUCAUUGCAGAGUUUAAAGGCGCAAUAGAGGAGAAAUACCUGCGCCACAGCGACCCAAACAUCCCAAUCCAGCGCUUCGGCUUCCUCCUCGGCCGGCUGCUCCUCACAAAGAUCGAAGUGUGCAUUCGACAGAAACAGCUGCAGUCACAGGGACCGGCGGCUUGUUCACUCGACCACAACCUCGUCCAAGAUACGCUGGCAAAAGCCUGCUAUGGCAUGGAAAUUGGCCUUGAGAUGAACAGCAACGCAUUACUGCGUGGCUUCCGCUGGAUGAUGAUGAUUUUCACCCAGUACCACCUCUUCACGUUCAUUCUCUGGACUCUGUGUGUUUACCCCACUGGUCCGCAUGUCGAACGAGCUUGGCGCGCUAUCGAUAUGCAGUUCGAUUUGACGGAUGAUCCCUCAUGGCCGGACCCGGGUCCUAAAUGGCCGAUGAUUGUGCAGCUGCGGAAUAAGGCAAGGCGUAUUCGCCAGGCGCAUGAGCAGAGUCAUCCAAUUGUCCAUGGGAAUUGUCCUGUCUGUGCUGAUGGGACUGGACCUGGGAUUAGGGAUUCGAGGCUUGACGGAGGCUUCGAUAUUGAUAUUUGGGAUCCUAACUUUGUCGACUUCUCGGAUUGGAAUAGCCUGGCACAGAGUCUUUCUCUCUCUUGA